AUGGCGUCAACAGGGGCUCGGAUCAUUGCGGCAGGGGUGGCAACAGCAUCUUUGCAGCUUGUUUCGGCAUGGCUGGUUGACUUCCCAACCGCUGAACCCUGGCGAGUAAACGAAGACACUAAGGCAGAGAUACCGCUUGUGCUCAGUGGCUUCGAGCGCUCCGCCGUUGUCUCAGUGCGUCUGUCCGCAAAAUUUGGCCACCUGUGGGUGAAAGACUCGAAUGAAAUGGACACUGUUGAAUCCUUGGUCGAGGUUGGGGGUAGCCUCACCCUACCAGGAACGCAGGACGAGAUAAACGCUGCUCUGUUGAAUGUGUGGUACUCGGCCCCGCCCGACUGGAAUUCUCUAGGGCAGGACACAUUCGAAGCCCUCAGUGUCCUUGUGGACGAACAAGACUCGGCUCAGGGUGGCGACCCUUACCCCGGCGUGCCAAGAACUUUGAUAGUUCUGAUCGCCCCCAUCAACGACCCACCUCUCUUGCGAGGUCCGUCCGAGUUCACAGCCGUCGAAGGUCGAACGACGGUAUUGGGCGGAAUCGAGGUAUCGGAUGUAGACGCCCAGGACACUACCGGCAGUGUGUUAGAGGUCACAGUGUCAGCAGCGGAGAAGGGUAGCAACGUAGAGCUCGGUGCCAAGCUUGGACUCUUCAUCAAAAAUUCGUCGGACGAGAGCAAAACCUUCCAAGGAUCUGUGACAAACAUCAACAAAGCCUUGGCGGGCUUGACGUUCCGGGGUGCAUUCGAGUUCUCCGGAGCCACGACUUUUAAGGUCGAAGUAGACGACAUGGGCAACACCGGGGGUGGGGGAGCAUUGUCCGACUCACUCUCGAUUCCAAUACAUGUGAGCUCAGUGAACAACCCACCCCGAGUCACGCGAGAACAAGGCCUCCUGUUGGAAGGUGUUGAAGACGAGGUUGUGCCAGUGGAUGGCAUCAUGGUGGAGGAUCAGGACGCGGGGGGUGGACGAGUCAAGCUGACCAUUGAAGCACGUCACGGAAAAAUAUCGCUCGGCGGCAACCCUUCCGACUUGGAGUUUGACCGAGGAAAAGGCUCUCUGGACGAUGAGGUUAUUGUCUUUGGUACGAUUGAGGCACUGAACGAGGCUCUCGAAGACCUUUCUUUCACGCCGGACACAAACUCGAACGCUCGCAACACCGACGACUUGGCGUCGCUAAGUAUUGCGGUCAGUGACCUCGGCCUAUCUGGUGCGGGGGGUGUGCAGGAAUCCGAACCCUUGCUUAUCCGUCUGGUCUUGUACGCGGUCAACGACGGUCCACGGCUAGAUCUGCCGGACAAUUUUGCGGCACGCGAGGAUGUUCCGUUGUUGAUGUCGGGGAUCAGCGUAUCGGACGCUGAUUCGAAUGAAUCAGGAGGAAAUACCCUAUUGGAAAUUUACUUGUGGGUGCACAACGGCACCCUUGCGUUGACGUCUGAUGAUUCCGUCUGCUCGGAGGGAGCUCUGGAUGGGAUUGGAAGAAAAUCUAUCAAUUUCCAGGGCCCUCUCCAUGCAAUCAACAAGGCACUCUCAGGGCUGGUGUACCUGGGAGCCCUUGAUUGGAGCGGUCCUGACACCCUCUCCCUGAACAUCACCGACCUUGGCAACGUCGGGGCAGGGGGGUCGCUAGCCGCCACGGGCCAGGUGCAGAUGACCGUGUUACCGGUUAACGACCCCCCCCAGAUACUCCUCGACUCCGAAGGCCCCGGCCUGCUACCUAGCGGUGGAGCGCUGGGGACUGAUGAAGACGUCCCUCUCCCUCUGGAGAUGUUCGCUAUCCACGACAACGAAAUGUCUGCGGGAGGCGAAGGACGGCUAACGGUUUCCUUCCAAUGUUCAAAUGGACGAAUCGCAGCAUCGUCGGACAAGCUUGCCGAUGAGAAGGAUGCCGACUCUUUGAUGGAUGUGGUCUGGAUCGUCGGAGGCGGUGCUGAGGCCGCCGGCACCGGGCCGUGGCAGGCCGUAGUGUUCUCUGGAGGGCUUCUACAAACCAAUGGAGUACUGAGCAAACUGGAGUAUGUGCCUUCACCUCAUUGGCACGGAGUAGAUGAGCUGAAGGUGGAAGUGAGCGACAACGGGUACGGCGGAGAGGGAGGGGUCCAGACGUCGUCCUUCAGCAUACAGGUGGCAGUUAUCGCUGUCAACGAUGCACCCGUCGUCGUUCCAGCCCCUUCCGGAACGGCCGUGCCGGGGGAAGAAGAGGCACUCCCGGGGUUCUUGGUGCUAGACCCGGAUACCGACACCGACGGCAGGCUGUCAGAACGAAUGCUCAAGGUGUCGGUAGAAUGCUCGCUGGGGGCACUAUCGCUCGCCAAAGGGCAACGUUAUGGCGUGGCGUUUCCAACCGGUUACAACGCCAUUACCAACACCCUCUUCUUUACUGGCUUACAGGGCGAGAUAAACCUUGCUCUUGCAGACCUGCGGUACACUGCAAGCGCCGAUGCAUCCGGCGAAGACACCGUUACGGUAACAUCCUCCGAUGGUCUCCUCGAAGGGACCAACUCCUCGACCGUAAGCCUAGCCUGGCCCACGGGCGCCGCCACCAGGCCCCCGACACUCUCUUUCCGUUCUCCCCUCUUGGAGAUGCCAGAAGACGACUCGAUUGUUCUGGGACCGGUUGAUGUGAGGUUCGGAGAUGGGAGGUCAGUCGUACAGGGCCAGGUGCACUGCUCGGCUGGGGUCCUUGAAUUGGGACAGAAUGACAACGAUGACAGAGAUGAGGGUGUUGUCGUGCUGGACGGGGGGGGAGACGAGGAUGCUCUAGUUCUGCUGGGACUUCCUAGGGGUGUGGCGAUGGCGUUAUCGAGGGUGACUUACACGCCUCCGAAAGACUGGAACAGCAGAGUGCAUGGCGUGGUGACCCUCAGCAUGCAGGUGCAGGCUUCGGAAGAAUCAGAGACCCGCGGCACCCUUGGCCUCGUCAUUGGUACUCAGGAACCAUCUUCUGCCGGCUUGUCUGCAAGCAAGACCAUCCAAAUCAUCGUGGACGCCAUCAAUGACGGCCCCUCUCUCACUGGGCCUCUCGCCAUUGAAGCCGAAGAGGACACAUCUAUCACGGUGAAUGGCGUCGCAGUGCAAGACCCCGACUGCGACGAUGCUCCAAGGGGAGUAUUGGAGAUCACCGUGGCUGCUUCCAAUGGUACCGUACAAUUUAUUGGCUCGGUUGCGGGGUUAUACCUCAUGGAAGCUCUGCCGGGCUCGUUGAAAGUUCGUGGGAAGACGGGGCCCGUGAACGCUGCGCUUGCGGGACUGAGCUACGAGGGCGUCGCGGAGUUCAGCGGAACAGACAAAAUAGUCGUGACCGCGGAUGAUCUUGGCCACAGCGGCACGGGGAGUCAGCUUUCGGCUAGUUGGUCUAUUGACGUGCUUGUGUCAGCCAGCAACGACCCCCCUCUUAUUCAAGCCCCCCCAGAGCUUGAUCUUAUCGUGGGCGGUGUGCUGUUCGUGGUCGAAGAUGAGUCAUCGCCGUUGGGGGUCUUCGGAGUUUCGGAUAUCGACGACCCGUUUUUGCGGGUCACCGUUUCUGCGAGGGUCGGAAACGUUGGUUACGGUGGCAUCGAAGAAGUUGGUAUGGUGGCGGUCGCAUCAACAGAUGAAACGCCUACUGCGACGGGAUCGAGCGUCUCUUUCGAAGGCACCGCGGACGAAGUGAGCGAUGCGCUUGGUAGUCUUACGUACACGAGCUCACUGAACUGGAACAGCGUCGCCUACGGUAGGGAUGUGGUGGAGGUGGAAGCGUGGGACUACAGUCCCGCAGCGUCGUUGGAGGGAGGCUACGUAUCUUUCUCCUUUGAAGUACACGUUUUACAAGCCAAUGACCCACCGUCGAUCCAAGGCCCAACCGGCGACACCUGGGCCGGCCAAGAAGAUUCCAAGAUUCCACUCAGCAACGGCGGAGGUAUCGUGCUGCAUGACCCCGACUCGAGCGACUCGGACGGCGACCUCAUGGAAGUUAAGAUCGUCGUGGAAGAGGGCAAGCUCUUCCUGCCGCUGUCUCUGGCUGGCGGGCUGUACCUACUCAACGGCGAUCAUCCAGAGGGUUCGCAUGAGGUUUGGGCACGUGGCGGUCUCUUGGAGCUGAACCGCGCACUUCAAGGCCUCAAGUACCAGGCACCGGAACAAUGGAGUGGGGUCGACGAAGUACAGGUCUGGAUCAGUGAUCUCGGUGGACACCAGCAGGGGCAGGUUGCUCUCGAAUCUUCGGCGUUGUUUUUUGUGGCUGUCGACGAGGUUGCCGACACGCCAGAAUUACACUUUCCCUGGACGGUGCACUACCUCGACGAGGACACGAAGUUGGAGAUAGACUUCACAACUGUUUCCGACGCGGAUCCUGGAUCGAUCCUCAUCGUGGAAGUGCGGCCGGACAACGGGAAGAUUGGGGUCCGGCCGGAGCUUGCACUGGCAGAGGUUUGGAAAUCAAUCGAGGUCUCGAGCGAUGCCUCUGCAGGGGUAGAAGGGGGAGUUCAGCAUGGGGAACUGAUGCUUCGAGGGACUGCAGCGGAUGUGAAUACGGCUGUCCAGAUGCUGGAGUACACCCCACCGAAGGACUUCGCAGGGCAGGUCGUGCUGUCGUUGCGUGCGACAGACGAAACUGGUUUGUCUACGGAAGCCGAAACUUAUUUGUAUGUCCGACCGAUCAACGACCCCCCGGUGAUUGAACUACCGACCGGCGAAGACGGUGAAAGAUGGGUCCUCGAGAUGACCGCUGGGGGUGCGGGUGACGCCGUCAUGGGCAUCACCAUAACCGACGUCGACGCUGCUGACAGCGCGAUCGGGGUGCGCGUGGUUGACGGGCCCACCGCUGGUCCCGGAGAGACCUUGUUUCUACAAGGUUCCGCAAAGUCUCUCCAAGCAGCGCUGGACAGGAGGGUAGUUCUCUAUAGCGCCGCGGCUGAUUUCUCCGGGCAUGACGUUAUCACAGUGGACGUCGACGAUGGUGGAAACUGCGGUGCCGGCGGAACACACUCGACGACAGGAGUUCUCGAGAUAGACGUAGCACCGUACGACCCACCUCUCCUAGUCGCGUUCGACACUUCCGUCGUGUCGGAAAAUUCUGCUAUCUUCACCCCUGAAGGCGCACCCUUGGCGUUGCCUGACUUGGCAGUGACGGGCGGGUCUGUGGGGGAGCUCUCAGCGGUGGAAGUAGUCAUCCUCGCCAAGUCCGGUAACGUGUCGAUACAGCAACCCGGCCUCGACAGCAUCCAAGUUCUUGACAGUGGUGAGCUGACCGGCGAUCGUCUUCGUGUACGGGGCUCCCCUAAGGCGCUAACUACUGCUCUCGCGGGAUUGCAAUUCGAACCGCGGCCGUAUUUCUUCGGAUGCUGGGAUCGCAACAUGUCGUUCGCCGACGAUACUCCUGUACGGUCUUCAAGGCGGCAAGGAGUGUUAGCUCUGGCCCGCAUCUACGCCAUCGCCACCCCAGACGGCACAGGUGGGGACGUUGGCUGGGACGGUUUGAGCGUGAAGCCACACCCGUCAAUGUCCAUCGCGCAGUUGAAGGUUUCUGUGGGUUGGGUUAACGACCCCCCGACCGUGGAAGCGCCAGAUACCGUGAUUGUCGUGGCCUCGAAAGCAGUGAUCGAGCCAUCGCUUGUGCCAGGUAUUCGAGUUGAGGAUGCAGAUGUGGAGGACGCCCCAGAAGGACUCGGGCGUUUGGACGUGAACGUGUCCACGUCAAUGGGCAGUGCGCUGGCUGUGGACACCACCAUCGCCUUGAAGAACGGGCUUCGAAACAUGGGGCCCAGCGAGCAGCACGUACGCCUGCUUGGGCAACCGGAGUACGUCAAUAACGUGCUAGCAACGUUGACGAUUUCUCCAAACACUACGGACGGUACUACUUCGUUUGCGCCUGGAGAUCGCAUUGAAGAGAUUUCGGUGGUCGUGAGCGAUCUGGGUUUUUCUGGGAGUGGAGGGGAGCAAAGCGCGACCGCUUCGAUCGUCGUCGAGGCAGGAAAGCCGGAGCUAGACAGCCAACUCGACCACGACGUUUUCGCGCUUGAGAAAAUGCUUCCUCUUGUGAGCACCACGGAAGGAGCGGCAGUCGCCCUACCGGGCCUUGAAGCAGCCUUUUCACACUCCAGUGUAGUCGACGACCAGCUGGCAGUCAUCGUGUCGGCAAAGGAAGGCUAUCUGUCGCUAGGACCCAGCAGCGCGGGGGUAGCGGAGGCUGCAGCGAAGGAGGACUGGGGAUCAGCAGUUACAUUGGUUCACUUCGUCGGCGGUGCUGAGCAGACGUUGCCAGAAGUGCAGGUGGUACGUACGACAGUCCCAUGGCGAUACGAAGUGCAGCAAAUCGACGUUAUCGCGCCGGGAGAUCUUUCCACAGCCGACGUAUACUUUUCCCUGCAAGGGCCAGACAACGACACCGGCACAGCCUUUGGUACGUACGUCAACGGGGGCGCCGGGUCGAUGCCCGGGGUCUCCCUUUUGGACCCCACGACUAGCGCCGACGAUCUGGCAGCGGCGUUGGAUUCGCUACCGUCUGCUGGCAAGGUGUCUGUCAGGCGCGUGCCGGCCACAUCUGUUGAAGACACUUCUAUCGCCAGCCGACACCUCGUGACAUUCCUGAGCCGCGGGGGCGACGUGCCACUGCUUAUUGCAGAGAAAUGGACGGUGAACGGAACUGGCAUGGGCAAUGACACUGACACCACCCUUGACGGAAGCUCGACCAACAUCAGUGUUGAAGUCAACGAGCUCACGGGAGGAACCUUAGCAAACGAAGUCCAAAGUGUAACCCUCCGAGCGGCGGGAGGCACGGGCACAACCGGCACCUUCCGUCUGGAGUUCACAGAUCCAUCGGCCGAUGGUGAAGAAAGAAGCCGCGUUGAUGCUGAUCACGAUGGCAGGUACUGGACAUCUCAGCUUAGCGCCAACUCUUCGGCCGAGGAGGUGGCCCAAGCGCUCGCUCAUCUGCCGGAUAUCGGGUACAUUCGCGUCCUGAAGGCUUCCGAUGGCACCAAUCGAACCUAUUCGACUCCAUCUAACGGCACGGUUGAGACAUACGCGGUUUGGCAAUGGGAAGUUACAUUCGUGACCAAAGGUGGCGACCUGCCCCUUAUGGCCGCAGUCUGGUGGAACGGUAGGACAUCGACUGGGCAAGACGGCUCCUUCGGGAUGACGGGGCGAUCGGCACGCCUCACUUGCGCGUCUUGCGAACCCUUCGAGAAUAGUACUUGGUCUUCCACUGCCGAAGCCGUUGUGGGGAACCGAAUAGAGGUCCAAGAGGUCAUCGCUGGAUCGAGCCCUAUUUCGGGUACGUUCUCGUUGAUCUACCCGGGCCAUGCCUUCCAGGAACCGACCGAAACCGUCCCAAUUUCUGUGCACGCUAGCGCGGGUGCGCUCGCCUCUGAAUUGACCAGUCUGGAUAGCCUAGGAAUCAACAGCGUUCAGGUAUCGAGGUCCGGCCCGUCCGCUGAAGGUGAACUGGCGUGGACGGUGUCAUUCGUUUCGGGAAACGGAGACUUACCGGCAAUGCAAGCAGUACAUGACGGCGUUACCGGGACAGAUGCGGUGGUGCGCGUUGCGGAGGUAGCCAAUGGCGUGGCUCCUGUUCGAGGAUCCGUUUCGCUGGUGGUGUCCGGGGUGCGAGGGGAGGCUCCCCAGGCCACGGCACCUCUUGCCCAUGACGCCUCAGUCGACACAGUGAUCGACGCGCUUUCCGAGCUUCAGCCCGUUCGAGCUGCUGGUUUGCUGGUGGAGGUCGAGCGGAAGGGACCUUUCGUGGGUGGCGGCUACAGCUGGUCAAUCGCGCUCAACCCUUCGAAAGACGUCGACGAGAUUGCAGCCCUAGCGCCGACCUUUCCCACGAUAGGGGUGCAGCAAGCCAAUGUCACGGGCACCGGGGCAAGGGUCAGGGUCGAAAAGCGAGAAGCGCAGGAGGCACCACCGUUGGAACACUUGGUGUCCCUUGCCGCACCUUUGCCUACCGAGAUAGCCGAGGUGCAGGACAUGAUAUGCUCCCUGGCGGGGAUGACGCCAUCUGAAGCUGCGCUAGCUGGAGCCUCAUUCGUGGUCACGUUUCGUGGAGAGACAACCGAGGCUAUAGCAGCAGACACCGUAUUGAACCCAGGCGGGCUUCCUUCCUGCGGCCGGUUUGCCACAGGCCCUUGCCAGGGCGAUGGCACCACGCUCAAAGAGCGCCUGGAAGCACUCCUCACGGUAGGGGAGGUCAAUGUCACCGGAAUCACGAGCGAUGGGAUUGCUGGCGACGAUGCGGAGGUCUGCGGGGUGGAUUCGGUCUCGAUCGCAUGGCUCGAUGGGAUUAUUAACGCUGGAGACCUACCUCUGAUGUCUGCAGUGAGCUCCAACGCCACGCUUAUGCAUGUGGAGGUGGUGCGAUCUGUCAAGGGAUCGGCUCCGUUCGUGAGAGAAAUUCAGCGCAUCGCCAUCACCACCUCUAGCACCAACACCAGCCCCACAGCGGGAACGUUUAGCAUUGUCGUCGGCCGCAACCAGACAAGCCCCCUAGCGUACAAUAUCAGCGAGUCCGACUUGGCUCUCUCCCUGGAGAAACUACCCGGUAUUCGCAGCGAGGUCGGGGUCCACGGCAGCAGCACUGGAGAUUCCCGGAGCUGGACGGUGACGUUCAUGUCACCAGGACCACAGAGUCUGCUGGCUAGCCCUUGCGAAGAAGACGUGGCUGGCAAUGGCACAUCCCCGGACUGCCUUCUCGAGAAUGCUUCGGUGAAGAUCCGCCGCAUUGUGCGCGGGAAGUCGCCAGCCAGUGGAACGUUUCGCUUGGGGCUGGUUCCGGCUGACGGCGAAGCGGGUAGCACCAACGUCGCCGGCACACACACCACCGGACCGAUUCCCUUUGAUGCAACGGCGGACGAACUACACGCGGCGGUGGUGGGUGUGUCUGGCGGUCAGGACGCAAAGGUGACCGUCGCACCGAACGCGCGGGCAGAGUACGGGUUUGAAUGGGGAGUGACACUAUUCGACAACGGGAUUUCUUCAGUUGAACUGGUGGAAGUGGACUUCGACGACCCGGGACCAUGGUGUGCCGAUGGAGUCACGGGACCAGCGGCCGCCGGAACCUCUUGCGAGUUCCCUUUCGCGGCGGGUCAGGACGGGAGCGACGUGCAUUUCUCGUGUGCGGGUGCCGUUGGGUCUAGCCCAGGGUGGUGCUCCACGAUUCCGACGUUCAAUGAUAGCCAGGAUUGGGGAGGGUGCGUGAGGUGUGAAGGGAUUUCUCUGCUCUCACCCCCAACUAUCCAUGUCGCGUCGCUUCGGCGCAGCUUUCGCCUGAGAGGGGAACUCUCGCAGGUGUCUCAAGCGCUCUCAGAGAUUGUUUACCACCCGCGUACUUUGUGGAACGCUUGGCUUGGGGGUCACGACGAGGUAUCCGCCUAUUGGUACGACGAGAACAGUUUGGACGGAAGCGAGCCUUUGUCGGGAGCCAAGGCCAGGAGCGUUUCACAAGUGUUCGUCGCCCCGGUUAACGACCCUCCCACGAUUGACCUAGGCAAGGAAGCCCGGCUCGUGCACGAAGGUGAGGAGCUGCUACUGGAAGACGCCGAAAUUCUGGACCCCGACUUGGCGGAUAGACCUCGGACUCCUGUACGGGUGGAGCUUGAAGCCAUGUCCGGCACGCUGGCGUUUGGGGACAGCGCUGGCUUGACGUUCAUGUCGGGGUCACGGGGCCCACAUUCCUCUCAGCGCCUGGUGGUCAAGGGGCCCCUUAAGACGGUGCAAAAUGCGAUGCGGCAGGUCUAUUACCGGCCGCUGCCAGUUUUCCCAGCAGGGACGACGGCGGGAGUGAGAACAACAUUGGAGGUGCAGAGAGUAGAGCUGACGGCACCGAUCGUCCCGAUGGUGCAGUCGGUAACGACGUCGACGACUCAGGGAUACAUCGAAGGCAACUUCACCCUUUCGGUCGACUGCAGUGCCUUUUUCGAGGAGGUGGACAAUAUUUUCGCGGACGUCAACGCUGUCAACCAAACUACCAUCAACUCGUCAGAAACAACGGUUGAAUCAACUCCGAUCGCCGCGGACGCCCCGGCAAACGGGAAUGGGUCGAUGGAGACCGGGGUGAGGGAGCUUCUCUCAGAGUGCGCCAGCCUAGCAUGGGAUCGGGCAAACGUCUUGAAGGAGCUGUCGAACGCAACUUCCGUUUCGGGAAAUUCUUCAUCAGCGGGAAACUUCACCCGCGACGCUCUCCCUCAUCGUGGAGCUACUGCGGUUGUGUCCAGGGGUGAGCCUGAUGUACACGGCAGUGUGAGUUGGAUGGUAACCAUGAUGGAUGUACCUCACUCCUUCCCGGCGCUGGGGGUUGGUGCGAACAACCUCACGGGAUCAGGGGUAGGGCUCGACGGAUCACAAUACGUUUUCGACGGCACCAUCCUGUCGGGGACUCCAUCAGUAUCAGUCGAUGUCGUGCAGGCCCAAUCGCCGUUGUCCGGCCCCAACGGAACGUAUACCUUGACGGCUACCCCCGGGAAAGCGACUACCAGACCUAUACCCACGUCGGCUUCCGGGGAUGAAGUGGCAGCAGCCCUCACCUCUCUAGCUGACGUAGGAGCGGUCCAAGUUUCAACAGGUCCCAUUUUGGCCUCGCCGCCUGCGACACCUGCGUUGGGGCAAUACUGGGAGAUCACGUUCUUGCAGUCCGGGUCCCCAAUACAAAUCGGGGAUCUGCCCCUCUUGGACGCCAGAGGGGUUGGGUUUGAUGCCGAGGGAACAGCAUUGCGUGUGUUCGAGGUGACAAAGGGGCGUGCACCCCGCGAUUCAGUGACGAUCAGGGUGAACGACCUCGGAAAUGUUGGCGAGGGGGGGUCUCUCGAAGCAACUGCGGCGUGGAACAUCACUAUCGUGCCCAAACACGUGGCUCCGGUAGUGCACCAAGUCGACAACGGAACGGUGCACCCGGAGGACUUCUUGCGAACUUUCGAGGGCACCGUGUUGCAACUCCCCAGCCUCCAGGUUUCACACUUUCCUGCGUUUGAAGCAGCUGGGGAUGACUCUUCCAAUGGCCUACAGUACCUUGUGCGCAUCACCUGUUCCAGAGGAAGUGUCAAGCCCACCUCGUCUGCAGCGGGACAGGACUUGGCUGUUACGAUGCCAUCCACUACCGCCACCCUGCUGAGCGGCAAGUUGCCGGACAUCAACCGCGCAUUGUCAAACCUCGGAUACUAUGCUCCCCGAAGGUAUCGGGGGGUCGAUGAUGUGGAAGUAGCCGCGAGAGUAGCAGGGUUUGGCUUUGACGGUGGCUGGGGAGCCACCAAGCUGUACGCUUUCGUUGAUGGAGUCAACGACCCUCCCGAGCUCUCUGCACCUCGUUCUGCCUCAAGCAAAGGAGCCACGCCGACCUUGGUUGGCGGGAUAAGCGUCACCGACGAUGACUCCACGGGAAUCAUCACGAUCACAGUUGAGGCGGCACGUGGGCUGGUCUCCUUCCCACACUCGCAACGAUUGAAGCAAAUGGGUGCGUUCGAGGAUGUGACCGUAAGCAACAGCAGCAUCGUCGCAUAUGGGCAGCUUCAAGACAUCUCGGACGCGCUGUCAGCUCUCACCUACACCGGGCAAAGUAGCGAGUUCUCCGGCACCGACUCGAUCACGCUCAAGGUAGUCGAUGCGGGUGGCCUUACGGCGUCUCGCAUCGUAAAAGUCGAAGUCGAAGCUUCCACUCCGCCCAAGAUCACACGUGCGGGACGGCUGGCUUCACUCCCAAGAAACCCUGCUGUCGACGAAGACGGUGAGCUGUCGCUCGAUGCUCUUCAUAUCUCAGUGUCGGACUCGGCAGUGGAGUCCACGGUACAGGUAGAAAUAGUCUGCACGAAGGGAGCUGUCUCGCUGCUGCUCUCUGAGCAAGAGCCGGAACUGUGGACUAGCACGGACGAGGGGCACAGUGUUAUCGUUGCCGGAAAGACGGACCGCGUCAACCGGGCUUUGCGCUCCCUGGUGUACCGACCUGAUGCUGACGUCUGGGGUUCGGACCAGCUUUCAAUCGUUGCACGAGCGAGGAACGACAACGCCAUCGGCAGUAAUUCCGGGUGGAACACAGUUGCCGGCAUAAAAUCGAUCGUCAUUCUCGUCGAUCCGGUGAACGACCCACCAACGAUCCACAUUCCCGACCGCUUGGCCGGCGGGGUGCUGCCCUUGGCGUUCGCUGGCGAAGUGCUACCCCUGGGGGGCAUCGUGGUGCAUGAUGCCGACGCUGGACAGCCCGGGGGAAGCCAGCUCGUGUCCGUCAGCCCCAGCGGCCUGUACAACGUAUCUAUUUCAGUUUCUGACCACGGGAACUGGGGCAAGGGAGAGGAAGAGAUUGCUUCGGCUAGCCUGGCCAUCGACGUAAGGUAUCAGGACGACCCGCUGGCCGACGCCGGCCGCGGUGGUUUGGUUCAGUGGGACACUCCUCAUGGGGCACUUUCUGUUGACGAAGAUGGCCACUUGCACGAUCUCGGGAUAACUCUGAGAGCCGACGUUGGGACCGUUUCAUCCGCGAAAGGCAUGUGGGUGGAUGCAAGCCUCGACGUAGACCAUGGCCUCAUACAAAUGCCCAAGAGCGGGGCUCAGAUCAACGGCGAGACUUUGUUCGAAGUCGUUCGUUACGGCCCUGGAUCGCUAACCGUAAGCGGGGCGGUGACCGACGUGUCGGCGGCACUGGCGCAUUCCAGCUAUACUCCGGAGCCGAACUUUCACGGGGUGGAAACUCUGGCCCUUUCCGUCCGCGACCACUUUGGCGAGGGGGAAAGUAACGCUUCAGUAGAUGUUGUUGUGUUUUCCAAACCCGACCCUCCAACCAUCGCCGUUGACAUGUCCCACGAGGGUCUAACGGCUGAAGUGGGCUCCCGGCUUGUACUACACGGGGUGGAGGUGCAGCAUGUUGAUGCGUUGGACGAAUACGCGAGUGGCACAGUUACUCUACGUGCACAUUCCACCGCCAAAGGUGGCACCAUCGCAAUGAACAAGACACAACCCGGGCUUUGGGUUUACACGGAGGAGACUGGAGGCGCGCUGAUGGCACGUGGCAGCGUCGAAAAUUUGCAAAUCGCCUUGGAAUCGGGUGCGCUGGAAUACGUGCCCUCCGCGGGGUACGACGGGCUUGACGUAGUCUCGCUCAGCGUGUCCGCCGAUUCUCCGUACGGUGCUUUUGGAGGCGAAAACUCGGCCUUGCAGGGGGCGAUUCACAGCGGUACCGAAAACGAAACGGCUGAGUUGCACAUCAACGUCGUCCCCACCUUUGCCUCUGCAGCCGUAAUUUUCGACGGUGGUCCUUUGUUCCGCACUGUCGAAGGGAGCGGCAUCGACAUGGCUGGCAUCAAAGUUCGAGCUCCCGGCCGACGAAACACUUCAGACAUAGUCUUGUCCGUCAACUUCGAGACAGCUCAUGGGAGCGUGACCGUACGCGAGGCAGCCAGCACCCGAGUCAUUGUCGAGGGAAAAGGAAGAUCAGCGAUGAGCUUGACGGGGAAGGAGUUAGACAUUAACAUGGCUUUGGAGGGAGCUGUAUUCAACGGAGAUCCUUUCUACAACGGGGUCGCCGACGUAAAGGUUGAGGUCUUGUCAUCCAACGGCGACAAUCUGGCCGAAGCUGUGCUAUACGUCGUCGUGGAAGCUGUGAACGACGCCCCGUCCGUGAUAUGUCCCGCGUGGACCAUCAUGGUGGAAGAGGAUGCAGGCCCAACCAGAAUCCCAGGAGUUUUCGUGACCGACCCCGAUGUGCACGAGACCAAACGAGGCACGAUCGAGGUGCGCGCCUCUGUCGACCCACCCGAAGCGGGAGGACUAUCUUUGAGUCAACCUGGACCCAGGUUGUUCCCAUCGCAGUUACCUGAACCCGAGAGUGCCCCCGUCCUCUCUCUGACCAGCGAGCUCGACCAGGCCAACACAAUCCUCGAAGGGUUGCACUUCUCGCCGUCUGCCGACUUUUUCGGCUCUGUCGCGGUGAACUUCGAAGUCAACGACGGGGGCGCAUCUGGUCUAGGGGGGGUGUUGUCGGCUAGUUCCUCCAUGUCUCUCGAAGUUACUCCAGUUAACGACCCGCCGACUGUGGCAGCGCCUAGAGAACGCCGUCGCUCGGGCGAGCGAGGACCGGUUCCCAUUGAGGGGGUAGAAAUCAACGACGUCGACGGAAUCACCGGGGAGACUUUAUCGGUCUCAAUCACCGCAGAAACCGGAUCAAUAACUGUGGAUCAUUCGCCGGAAACCUUGAUUUCAAUAAUCUGGGGAGAAGAUGAUGCGACCGUUACUGGGGUGUCCGUCACGGGUCUGUUGCCGGACGUCAGGAAAGCUCUCUCCUACGUUUGGUUUGUUCUUCCAAGCGAAGGCUGGGAAGGUGGAAGCGUUGUCACGUUUUCCGCCGAAGACGGCGAGGGUGCCACGGGAUCGGCGGAGUGUGUGGUCGUGGUGUCAGACCCGGGCGUUCCGCCGAUUAUCACCGCCACAAACGAUACGUUCGUCGCAGGCCAGGGGAUGCAGACCUCUCUGGCGGGAUUAAGUGUUACCGACUCUGUAGAAGACGCUGCCAUCUUGGGUGGCUUAUCUUCUCCGGUCUUCACCGUGUUGGUCUCGGCGGAUAUGGGAGGGGUUGGGCUCUUUCCUGUUCCAGCGGGCUUAUCUACUGUGCCCGGAAGCGACACAGCGCUCAAGGCAGCGGCGGCAAUCACCGCCGGCGAGGGUCUACGAGGCAUUUUUGGGACACCGAGACCGACGCUAUCGUUCCGUGGGACUCUUUCUGCAGUGAACGCGGCGCUUGAGGCCGUAGUCUACUUGAGCGCCAACGGUUCGACAGCGCUCGGGAACAAAUCCGUGACGGUGGAGGUGGCUAGGCAAGGGAGAACCACCAACUACUCCGCCCGCCACGAGCUGACAGUGGGAGUGCUGCCCGUGAAUCAGCCUCCGGAAAUCACGUGGAAUGCGACUCACCCGAACCUGGAGUCGCCAGAGGUUGGCGGGUUCUCUCUGCGUGGGCUCGGGUUUGUCGAUAAUGACCUUGCUAAAGGGGGAACUCUAGGCGUGGAGUUGGAGGUCCUCGCAGAAGGUGACGGUCUUGUUGUCCGAACUGACGGCAGGGGACUAGAAUUUUUCCGAGGGUCUGCCAAUGGUCUGCCGAGCCCGGUCCUCGCUUUCCGCGGCAACGCCACAGUCAUUGCAAGCGCUAUUUCCGCGUCGGCCAUCAUCCUGAAAAAUCCAGGACUAUCGAGAGCUCUCGUUCCUGCUGUGAGGGUAGCCGUAGAGGAUGAUGAUGGCGGUAUAAGCUCACAGAUUAUCGAAGUCUACGGUAGCCACGUAAACUCGCCUCCUCAAGUCACCAUCACGAAUCCGCAGCAGAUGUCCUUGAAGGAAGGGGGUGUCUUGGAAAGAGUGGGGGAGAUGGCUGGUAUAGAGGUACACGAUGCUGACGUGGAGGAUUCGACUCAGGGGUUUUUGGAGGUGAACGUUAGCACCAGCCACCGGGCCGUACUGGAAGUACAGAGCAUCACGACAUCAGCAACAAGCAUUCAUCCCGUGCAGACCAUUACUACCCGUUCCACAUACAACGAUGGCUACUCGACGGUGGAAGGGAUGUUCAACCUCACGAUGGAUCUAACGGGCCUCUGCGAAGACUGUGGAGUGGAGGAAACCAGGCCGAUUUGGCACGAUGCUGUCGGAAACGAAGAGGAUAUUCACGUGGGGCUAGGCUCUGGCAGUGAGCCCGGGGAAUCCGUCCAAGCCAAACUCGAGGCCCUCCCGUCCUUGCAGGCGCUCGGGGUCUCCGUACAUUGUCAACGGGCUACCGGCCUUGGUUCGGAGGGCGGACGCGAGUGGCGGGUGACCUUCCUCGACGCUCCUGCCUCCCUGCCGAUGAUGAAAGCCAUCGGCGAUUCGCUAGCGGGAAAUGAUCCUUUCAUCGAGGUGGCGUACGCUGUGAAGGGAAACUCUCUCUCGGGCAGCAUCGCCCUGUCGCUUGGAGGCUAUCAAACGGAGAUGAUUUCGUACGAUGCAGAGGCUCAACAUGUGGCUGCCAAGCUUGAAGAGUUGCCUUCGGUCACGGCAGUGGGUGUAACAAUGCGUCACCCGGUCGAUCCUCAAGGCGGACGGCAAUGGACGGUGACAUUCUUUGACGCGUUAGAGGCGGGCGGCGAUGUACCGCUCAUGGAGGUGGACGGACGGGCACUCGGUGGCCGCGGAGCCGCCGUACGAGUGGUCGAAUCGGUGCGUGGGAUCGGUACGGCGGAGGUGUGGGAGGUGGAAACGUCAGCGGCACACCAGAACUUGGUCGUGUUCAUCACCUUGACAGGCGCCCUCCGAGCCAAGGGUCACUUUACCCUUGGGCUCGACUACGGCGGGCGACAAGCGUGGACGAGACCGAUACAUCCUCGAGCGGUUGGACCUGUAAGCGACGAGGAUGGAGGUUUUUGGUCUUUCGGGGGCGUUCCAGGAAAAAAACGCGGCGAAUCUGUUGAAGCUCGUCUUCUGUCAUUAGAAAAUUGGGGCGAGCUCGGGCCAGCUGCGCGGGUAACGGUCAAGCGAGUCGAUUCUGCGAACGGCAACGUUGCAACGUGGACUAUCACCUUCUUCGGCACUCCUCAAGACCUUGAUCCGCCGACCAUUCAAAGCACCAACCUCGCGGGGGGCGCCGUAGUUUCUGCCGAGGUGGCUUCGACACACAACCGCGUCCAGGGAUUCUUCUAUCUCUCGUACGGAGGCGAGGUCACACCACCUCUGGCGCACGAUAGCUCGGGAACCGAGAUCGCUACUGCACUCAAUGCCCUCGAAUCCCUGCAUUCGUCGGAUUCAGGAAUUGGGGUAGUUGAGGCCACAAGACUGCAGAGUACGAGUUUGGAAGGAGGCCAGCGAUGGUCCAUCGCCUUCCUGAGUGACCCCGAAGUCCCAUCAAACCUCUCCGCAACGGGAACUUCGACGACCGGACUCUCUGGAGGAAGCGCCCGGGCGUCGGCGACGCUUGUGCGCCAUGGCGGUAGGGGGGCAAUUCUACGGCUCGUCGAUCUAGGCGGGGCGGCGUUUGGCCUGCCGGGAUACACUACGGGGGAGCGUCUCGCUUUACGGGGUACGCCGGCUGCAAUCACGACCAUGCUCGCAAGCCUGUCGUAUUCGCCAAGGCAUGGCUGGAACGGUGGCGCUGACAUUCUGCUUCGGGCUUACGAUGGCGGCUUCACCGGUGCGGGCGGAGCGCAAUCCGGGUGGGGAAAGGUCUCCGCGACCGUUGAGGCGGUAAAUAACCCGCCCGAACUACUAUGGUGUGGGAGCGUGCUAAACUCGGGGGGUGCGAUCAUUGAUGGUGUGGACGAGGAUGCUCCUUUUAGGUUGGUGGACUUCGAUUGUGGGGGGGGGGGUACUCCCGCAACGCCCGUCUUAUUUGAUCAUACCGAUCUAGGAGGUCCUGACGCGGGCUUGACUGUGCACGAUCCCGACGGAGAAGGGUCGAGGAUGCAGGUGGAAAUUUCAGCCAAGCACGGUUUCGUUACACUGACCGGAGAAAUUGCGGGCAUGGUAUCCGAUACCGUGGUCGGGACACCCGCGACCGUGUCGGGCACCUCCUGGAAAGUGAACGCUGGACUCCGCUCGCUAGUGUACGUGUCUGCCGAGGACUGGCACGGCUGGGAUAGAAUCAGCAUCACUGUCACCGAUCUUGGGGACGACAGCCUCCAAAUGCCUGCGGACCCCAUGACCUACUACCUCCACGUGUCCGUGGCAGCGGUAAACGACGCUCCAGUCUUUACGGCCACGGGCUUCGAGGAGGUUACGCUUACGGACGGAGAAUCCUCUCCUGGCGACGAGCAGACCUCGGCGCUCCUCGUCUUAACCCAAGAAGAUACUGUCCGGAUAAUUUCCAGUGUGUCUAUCUGGGAUGUUGACACCAAGGCGGAAGGGGCGCUGCUUAACCGACCUGACGGUUUUUUCGGGACGGUCAGCACUGACGGUAUGGGUAACGGCGCGGAACUUCUUGCUGUGGAGCCAAAGGUCGCCCUCUCGUUGUCAUGUACGUAUGGGAGUCUCCGGUUGGGCGGAGGGCACGGGGGCUUAGAGGUCGUGGAGGGUGACCUCGACCGUGGUGGGCAGAUCUUGUCCGUGACCGGUGCACUCUCCAACAUCAAUGCCGCGCUGAUGGAAGGGAUUGUUUUUACGCCGAGCUCCGACUGGAACGGGAUCGACGUGGUGGAGGCGAUCGUUGACGACCGCGGAAAUGGCGGGAAAACGCUCCAGGGCGCGAACGGCUCCCAGACUUCCAAGCUCCUGCUGGCGGUCGAAGUCAAACCUGUCAAUGAUCCGCCGACGUUUACGGUCCCGAUCACAGACGCUUCCUCUCCUUCUUCUUCUUCGUACCUCAUCGCGGAAGAGGACCGCGUCGGCGUUGUGGGGAUUGAUCACGUCGGUUGGUUAGACACGAACAUCCUCGACUCGACCACCAUCUCAGCUUCCAGCAUCGUGCUCGAAGACGCCGAUACGGUCUAUGCGCCCGGUGGAACCACCCCCCAACCUCCGCAGAGCCGGUGGACGCACGAGUCGUCGACGUCACCGCCUGCUUCGGCCAACGACACCGUGGAGGUUACGGUUCAAGUCUCGCACGGUGGCGUUCUCCUGGCUGGUGCGCCGUCCGAAGUAUCGCUUGUGGUCGUUUCUUCAGCCCAGACAUCAGGCGUGAAUUCUUCAGAAUUUGCUGCUGAAAUGCGACUAAGUGGGCCGUUGUGGGCGGUGGCAGACGCUUUGAAGGGAAUCCUCUACAGGACCGAUCUCAACUGGAACAGCUGGGUCGGGUCGGGUGGAAAUCAGGUUCAGCCUGUCGUAACUGAGGAGAUUUCCCUUCAAGCAACAGACUCUGAGGGGACCACAGCGGCCGCAGUUCUCCGGUUUGUCGUCCUCCCCGAGAACGACCCGCCCGUCCUCGAAAUGGCCUCCGCCAGCUACAACCCGUCGAGGCUAACACACGACGGGCUCUCCAACCUUGUCGAUUCGGUGGAUCUGCUCAGCGUCAGCGAAGACAAAGACCUUGCCGUCCCUGGGCUGUCCGUGCGAGAUGUCGACCUCGGGGUUUACGGAACGUCUACAUUCGGUGGCGAUCCUGGGUUCGUAGACCGCCGCCUUCUGGAAAUUACGCUGUUUGCCAGCAACGGCACGACUUCCCUCGGGACUGGAGUGUCCGGGUGCACGUUUCUUGUAGGUGAUGGCGUGGACGAUGGGAUAAUGUCGUUCCGAGCGUCUUUGGACGGCGUGAACCGGGCAUUGGCCGGGCUGACUUAUCGAGGAAAGCCAGACUUCUACGGUACCGAUGACCUCGUGGUGACUGUGGACGAUGGCGGAAGGUUUGGCCGAGGGGCUCUGUGCGGAGACAGCUCGUCGGGUGGUGGCGUCGACGUCGGCGGUGACCCUCCGCCUUGUCCUCAGAGCGACACCCUGACAAUCCCGAUACAAGUUCUUCCAGAGCCAGACGUGCCAGGGGUGUACUUACCCCAGGGCGGCCUCAUACAAACAACUGAAGAUACUGAUCUGGUGCUGGAAGGGUUGGCAAUCGUCGAGAGGGACGGCUUUUAUCGAGAGGGAGAAAUGGAGGGCGAGAUAACGACUGGCGACUUAGAUGCCAACCCCAGCGAUGUGGAAGACGAGGGAGUGGUCGUGUUCGGCGGACCCUGGCCCGGCGAGAUUCGCAUCGAGCUCUCAGCCCCUCACGCGCAGCUCACGUUGUCGACGGUAGCUGGUCUCACGUUCGAGUCUGGCAGCGGGUACGGUGACGAGUUCGUUUCGUUCACCGGCCACCCUGGUGACGUCAACAGAGCUCUGCUCGGUACGAUCUACCGCGGAGACCGACACUGGAACACCCUCGGGAAAGGGCCGAACGAAGUUACCAUUGUGGCUAGCAACAGCCACGCCGGCCUAGGAGGUCUUGAACCUUUCGGCGUCGAGAGUACCCAUACAUUAUGGAUCGAGAUCAAGGCGGUCAACGACCCACCGCGGGUCCAUCUUCCGGGACAAGUGUUCCACCGCAACCUGUCCGUGGUUUGGCCCGACAUCGAGGAACUGGGUGUGGCUUUCACACACUCUUUGGUCGUGGACGAGGAUACGCUGCUCGACGUACCGUCGGUGUCUGUUUCAGACGUGGACGUCGACGAGCAUGUCGGGUCGUACAUCUUGGUCGUUCUGAGCUGCGACUACGGCACCCUGACGCUUUCGCCCGCGGCUGGUCUGAGGUUCGUCUCUGGAGAAACAGCUGUCUGGGCGGGAGACGUGUCGUUCAGCGGCACAGCCUCAUUCUACGCGGGCUUGAGCACCGCCAAUGGAGCUUUGGGAGCCAUGACGUACCUGCCGAAUAAGGACUGGCAUGGGAACGACACCCUGACCGUUGUCGCCGAUGACCGUGGUUGGUCGACUGAGGCAAGCACCGGAGACAGGCCUGGCUUGACGAGCAACCACUCGCUGACGAUCGUGGUCAACCCUCUGCCGGACCGUCCCUCAUGGUCCGCUCCGCCGUUCCCCCUCAUGGCGGCGGAGGACGAGGCAAUGCCUGUGGCCGGUGUCUCCGUCACGGAUCCCGACGAUGAAAUCUAUCUUCGGGUGGAUGUGUGGGCGGAGCAGGGAAGAGUGGGGCUUCCCAGCGCAGCGAAUGCUUCAUCUUCGCUGGAGGUUGAGGAGGGGAUAGGGGACGAUGGACAGGGAGACGGCGCCUUUGCCUUGACGGGAGAUGAAGCCGCCGUGAACUUGGCCCUUACGGGGUUGGUAUACUACCCCCCUCCGGACUGGACUUCGUUCAAACAGGCCGACGGGAUCCAUCUCUCAGCAGAAGACCCUUCAGGCCUGUCCUCUCACGUGCGGUUGGUGGUGGUGGUUGCCUCCGGACGCAACGAUCCCCCUCAAGUGCACGUGCCCGGGGCGACCUACGUCGAAGAGCCAUGCGACUCACAAUCGGGGAAGAUCGGGUUGCCGUCUCCGCAGCACCCACCUGCAAUCGGCCGGCAAUGUCGUCGCAUCACCACCGUGGAUCGAAUCCAGACGAACGAAGACGAGACGUUGGCGAUUGAGGGCGUUUACAUCGAAGAUUCCGACUUUCACGAGGCCGGGCCGGGCGCGCAGAUCGAUGUGGACGUCGAAGCGCAGCACGGCUCUCUGGGAUUCGCGGGAAUGUCCGGGUUGCCCCCCACGGGCAUCUUGUUCCUGCCCGACGGGGAGAACCAACAAGGAGAGCGCUUGCUGUCCAUGCGUGGAGCCUUGUCUUCCGUAAAUGCCGCUCUGGCCAGGCUCACUUACACCCCUGACCCUGAUUGGAGCGGAUCGGACGAGGUAGAAGUGAUAGUUAACGACAGGGGUUUCUCCGGUAGCGGGGGGGCGGGCACCGAUUCACGGGGCAUCCCGAUCGACGUGGCCCCACAACAGGACGCCCCCCUGCUGUUGGUGACUGCCACGGGGGCGGCAGGGGCGGGAGCAACAGCCCCGCCUCCUCCUCUAGAUGUAUGGGAGGACGCACGGGUGGUCCUGCACAAUGUGACCCUCUACGAUGCCGAUGUUAACCCGAGAGAGCUUCACCGGCAGAUCUUCGGCAUUUCUUCGAGAACGCCAUACGACGACUAUCCCGCAGACGUUUUCGGCGGGAUGUUCCAGGUGACCGUCAAGGUCGACAAUGGUAGAGUAUUUUUCCCGCGGUCAGCCAGACUCGCCUUCGAACCUGCCACGGCCGUGGGCUUAGAGCAGAGCGUUGUGGGCGGCUCGGCGGGGCAGAGCAUGACCCCGUUCACCCAGGGAGCGAAGUUCGCUCCAUCCACCCUCGACAAAUCGGCGGCUGCUGUAGCCACCAACGAAAGCGUGGGUUCAGGGGAUCUGCAUGUGCCGUGGUGUCGGGUGUUUGUGGCAGAGGACAGCGAGCUAAUGCUCCCGGGUUUUGUCAUCCGCGACGUUGAUCUCGUUGAAGGUGGUGGAGAGAGCGCAAUGGUCACAGUCACGGUGACAUGCGGACAUGGCACGGCUUCCAUCACCUGGCAUGGCGUUCGAGCCGGGGUGGGACCAGGGGACAGUCGCCACCCCCAGGAGCAAAACUCAAUGGGCGCAGACCUCACGGGGCUCCUCUUCCGCAACGAAGUAACCGGGGACUGGGCUCCUUGGGAGGGCGAGGGUAUGGGGGUGGGGCGGAAAAGCUUCACUUUCAGGACGCCUCUUGCCGACGCCAACGCCGCCCUGCAAACAUUGGCGUUCAGACCCACGGAUAACUAUUUCGGCGGCGGGGCCUGGGUGAGGGUAGAGGCGUUCGAUGAAGGUUCUUCCGGACAAGGUUCGAUCGGUGCCGCCACAAGCGCCGCAGCAGGCCAGUCAGCCCAGCUUGGUGCUGCAACCGGGUACACCGGAGUCUCUUCACGAGGGGCAGCUACCGCACCAAUCACGGUCCUGGCCGUCAACGACCCACCCAGUAUCCAGCUGCCCUACGCAGAGGACGGCAACGUUAUCUUGAGGAUAGAUGAGGGAGAAGAGCGACGUCUGGACGGGGCGAGGUGGCGGGGCUCUUUCGCCGCUGCCGUGCAGGCGUCAGCGUACUUCCCGAACCGGAAAGGGAUCGAGCUGUGGACGAGCCAGGGGAUGUUUCCUGGGAGAGAUGCGGGGAGAUGGGGGAGAGGGUCCGAGCUGGAGUGGAGAGAGGCGUUAGUGUUGGACCUAAACGAGGGACUUGGAGACGGAUCCCCGAGGGAUUUCGUGGUGUGGGGCGGCUAUUUGUACUUCCAGGCAACCGAUGCAGAACACGGUGCGGAGUUGUGGCGCACUGACGGUACGGGCGCUGGCACGGUUCUUGUGAAAGACAUAUAUCCCGGCGAGAGAAGCGGGUCCCCCACUUCUUUGACGGCGUUCGGAGACUACCUUUAUUUCCAGGCAAAUGGCUUGGACCUAGGAUGGAUGCUGCCGUCUGACUACCAAGACCUGUGCGGAGGGUUCCGACAAAGCUCCUUCGAUUCUGCCGUGUUCUUCGCCGUGUCAGAGGAGAACAAGUGGGAUCCAGAUACUCGCUACGACUGCCCCGACGGCUUCCACCAUGCUAGCACCGCUCAGGGCUUCGCGUUGUUCACGGGGACCCAAGACGAUGACCGCGAAGCCGCGUCCAUGGAGCCUACGGUGUACUUCGGACAGUGCGGGUGGGAUGGCUACACCUGGGGUGGACGCUCUCGGAUGUACUUCCGCUUCUCUGACAGUGGAAGGACUGGUGCCUACAAGCACGCCGGCCGUCGAGACUCCUACCGGCCAGGCAUUGACAACGACGACAUCGGUGACCCCGCCGCGGGUUUCGCCGGCAUCGUCUGCGUCGACAGCGAGCAAGCUGCAUCGUAUCUUUCUACCACAACGGCUGCCACCACGAGAGGCUCACUGGCACCCGGAGCGUGUCGAUGGGGUGAACGAGCGAACACUGGCUGCUAUUCACGCGCCGGAGUAGAGCUCUGGCGUACGGACGGCAGUGCCAAGGGCACGCGUCGGGUGGACGAUUUGCGGUUUGGUGUAUCAGGAUCGUUCCCGAGCUAUCUGACGGUCUUCGACGGAGCUCUGUUCUACGCCGCCCACACGGACUUAACGGGCAUGGAGAUGUUCCGCAGUGAUGGCACAUCGGGCGGGGCUAGUAUCGUCGAGGACAUCGUCCGAGGGCACCAAGGGUCCAACCCAAUGGACCUUGUGGCCGCCAGCGGGACGGCGCUGUUCUUCACCGCGGACGACGGUAUUGCCGGCCGGGAGCUGUGGCGCAGCGAUGGCGCUCUCGGCUUCCUAGACGCACGGCCCGAACUAGGCUUCAGGGUCACCGGUGGAUCCGGCACACGCCGGGUGAAGGACGCACGCCCGGGCAAGCUAGGCUCGGAGCCCCUGCACCUCACGUGGGAGCCAACGCGGUCGGUAUUGUUCUUCUCGGCGGAUGACGGGUUUUCCGGGCGAGAGCUGUGGUCCAGCGAUGGCACCACCGCGGGGACUGCGAUGGUGGCGAACAUCUGUCCUGGCGUGCGAGGGUCGGGACCGUCGCACCUUAUCGCGUGGGGUGGGGCCGUCUACUUCCAAGCGGACGACUGCAGCACCGGGCCGGAGCUGUGGGUGUCGGACGGCAGUGAGGGAGGUACGCUGUUGCUGGCCGAUGUCCGAGCUGGCUCGGCAGGGGCGUUCCCCUCCUACCUCACGCUGCUAGAGCCAACAGCCGGUGGGGGAGAGAGGCUGUUCUUCUUGGCCAAUGGCGGUGGCUACGACGCCGCCGCAGCAACGGGGCUGGCGCAAGGGUGGGGAGGAGCGCAGCUGUGGAUGACGGAUGGGACGGGGAAGGGGACGCAACGGGCGUUCGGGCAGAAAACGGCAGGUGAUUUUAUGCCCGACCGGGUUUCGCUGGAUGCGGGAAGGCCACCGCGCAUGGCAGCAUUCAAUGGCGCGCUAUAUCUUCCCGCUACCGAAGACCCAUUGGUGGCCGUUGAAACCUUGUUGGGGAUGAACGAGGCUUCGGAGGAGGGGGUGUCGCAGGCAAUGGUUAUCUACGACGUCGACGGCGGCCCGGGGAGUGUUCUGAGCGUCAUUAUCGAGUGCGACGAAGGAGAGCUAAUCAUGGGUGACGGUUCCGGCCUGGUGUUCGACAACUCCAACGAGGCAACGAUCGACGACCAACCCGACGACCAGUCAUCACCGCCCCCACCGUCCGGCGUUCUACGAUUCAACGGCACCGCCGCCGACAUUAACCGCGCCAUGCGGGACCUGCGAUAUAGAGGCCUCCCCGGACGAGCUGGUCAAGAUGUCAUCCGGAUAACCGUCACCGACGACCCGGAUCCGUGCCCGGGCGACUACAACGUCUCUUCGCCCGUCUUCAACAACGCAACUACUUCUGCGGGAGUCAACGCGACAGCAAGAGGAGUAGAUCGGGCGCCGUGCGCGCUCGGCGGGCCGCAAGCAACGGAGGGGCGGAUCCAGGUGUACCUAUCUGCUGUCAACCGGCCCCCUUCGGUUAACGUCCCUCAAGGAACCCUUAGAACAGUGGUCGACGCCGCCCAGGCGACAGGUGUUGGAGCCGGUGGGGCUCUAUCGGUAGAAGAUCCCGAUGUGCGAGAGACGGCGUACUACAGUGCUGGCGGUUUGAGAGUAGAAGGGCCGGUCAGUGUUGCCGUAGUUUGUGCGAACGGUCGCCUUAGCUUGGGAGCUAGAGGGGGAUUGUCUUUCUCUGAGGGGGAAGGCAUCUCCGACCCAGUCUUGCGGUUUGGUGGAGCGAUUGACGAUGCCAACAGAGCCCUGGCCACGUUGAGUUAUCAUUGUUCGUCUUUGUACGAUUGCGUGGCCGGAACGCAUGAGAUUUCGGUCACGGUUGACGACAACGGCUUCACGGGGAAGGGGGGGGCGUUGUCGGCCAACGCGACCUUUAGUGUGACAGUAGACGCAGCCGUGGAAGAGUUGCCAGGGAUUAACAGAUACUAG